CAGUCUGCCAUGCUGAUCACAUGCUGGUAUUUAUACCUCGCAGCUCGGAGCAUCGCCCAGCAAUCUUUUAACAUGGCCUCAAUCCUGCAGAAGCUCAUCACCCCGGUCUUCAGUGGUCCUCCUGAGCCGCCCAGGAAUAAAGUGACAGUGGUGGGCGUGGGCCAGGUCGGCAUGGCCUGUGCCAUCAGCGUCCUGCUCAGGGAGCUGGCUGAUGAGCUGGCCCUGGUGGACGUGAUGGAGGACAAGCUGAAGGGGGAGAUGAUGGACUUGCAGCACGGCAGCCUCUUCCUCAAAACUCCAACAAUAGUCGCAGACAAAGAUUACUCGGUGACAGCAAACUCCCGCAUCGUGGUGGUGACAGCCGGAGUGCGUCAGCAGGAGGGGGAGAGCAGGCUGAACCUCGUCCAGAGGAACGUCAACAUCUUCAAGCACAUCAUCCCCCAGAUCGUCCGAUACAGCCCCGACUGCAUCAUCAUCGUGGUUUCUAACCCAGUGGACGUGCUGACCUACGUGACCUGGAAACUGAGCGGCCUCCCCAAGCACCGCGUCAUCGGCAGCGGCACCAACCUGGACUCGGCCCGCUUCCGCUUCCUGAUGGCUGACAAACUGGGAAUCCACGCCAGCAGCUUCAACGGGUGGAUCCUGGGAGAACAUGGAGAUACUAGUGUGCCUGUGUGGAGCGGAACCAACGUGGCCGGAGUCAACCUGCAGAUGCUAAACCCCGACAUCGGCACCGACUGUGACGAAGAGAACUGGAAGGAGACGCACAAGAUGGUGGUGGACAGUGCUUAUGAAGUGAUCCGACUGAAGGGUUACACUAACUGGGCCAUCGGUCUGAGUGUAGCUGACCUGACAGAGAGCCUCAUGAGGAACAUGAACAGGAUUCAUCCAGUCUCCACCAUGGUGCAGGGCAUGUAUGGAAUCGAUGAUCAGGUGUAUCUGAGUCUGCCCUGCGUGCUGAACAGCGGGGGCGUGGCCAGCGUGGUCAACAUGACCCUGACAGAAGACGAAGUGGCCCAACUGCAGGACAGUGCCAACACCCUGUGGGACAUCCAGAAGGACCUGCAGGACAUCUAG